AUGGCUCAAGUAUAUGUCAACGAAAAAUCGGGAGCUGACGCCAGCGAGGUGGUCGGCUCCGAGCAACAGCCUUUCCAGUCCGCAGCCUACGCCUUGUUUGUGCAGCCAGAUGCCAAAUUGUUCGUGUACAAGCAAAAGGAAGACUCAGAGGAGUGGGAGUAUGCUGAAAUUUCUGCCUCGGCAUUGAAGAAGGCCAAGAAGGGUGCUGACGGCUUGAAGAAGAAGCUUGAGAAGCAGGCCAAGCAGGCAGAGGAGCAGAAGAAGAAGCAGGAAGAAGCUUCCAAGAAGUUGGCAGAAUUGGACUUGAUCAAGGUUGAAGAGGACAAGUCGUUGCCAGAAGCCAAGAAGAUCAAGUUGAGAUCGAUUCAGGAAAACAUUGGCUCUCGUGUUUUGGUCCAGGGUUGGGUCCACCGUUUGAGAACUCAGAAAGGAGUUGCUUUCCUCACAUUGAGAGACGGAACUGGCUACAUCCAGACUGUUUUGACUGGUGACUUGGCCAAGGCCAGAAUCACUCAAGAAUUGACAUUGGAGUCCACUGUCCAGAUCAAGGGUGUCAUUGAGAAAUUGCCUGAAGGUAAGACUGCUCCAGGUGGUGUUGAAUUGAAGGCUGACUACUACGAAGUUGUUGGUUUGGCUCCUGCUGGAGAUGAUUCUUUCUCCAACAAAGUCCAGGAGAACGCCGACCCAUCUUUGUUGUUGGACCAGCGUCACUUGACCAUGAGAGGUGAGACCUUGUCUUCUGUGUUGAAGGUCAGAGCCGUUUUGUUGGGUGCUUUGAGAAGAUUCUAUGAAGAGCAAGGUAUUGUCGAGGUGACUCCUCCAUGUAUGGUCCAGACCCAAGUGGAGGGAGGUUCCACGUUGUUCAAGUUGGAUUACUACGGCGAGGAGGCUUACUUGACCCAGUCCUCUCAGUUGUACUUGGAGACCUGUUUGCCAGCAUUGGGAGACGUUUUCUGUGUCCAGGAGUCUUUCCGUGCUGAGAAGUCUCACACCAGAAGACACUUGUCUGAGUACACUCACGUAGAGGCUGAGUUGGCAUUCUUGACUUUCAACGACUUGUUGGAUCACUUGGAGAAGGUUUUCACCACUGUAAUCCAAUAUGUGUUGGAAGACCCAGUUGCUGGUCCAUUGGUUGAGAAGUUGAACCCUAACUUCAAAGCCCCAACUGCUCCAUUCAAGAGAAUGACCUACCGCGAGGCUUUGGAGUGGUUGAACGAGCAUGGCAUCCCUAACGAGGAAGGUGAGAAAUUUAAGUUUGGUGACGACAUUGCUGAGGCUGCCGAGCGUAAGAUGACUGACACCUUGAACGUUCCAAUCUUGUUGACUCGCUUCCCGGUGGAGAUCAAGUCUUUCUACAUGAAGAAGUGCGAGGACGACCCAUUGGUUACUGAGUCCGUGGAUGUUUUGAUGCCAAACGUCGGAGAGGUCACUGGUGGUUCCAUGAGAAUUGAUGACUAUGACGAGUUGGUUGCUGCACUUAAGAGAGAGGGCCUUGACUUGGACGCAUACUACUGGUUUGUUGACCAGAGAAAGUACGGAACCUGUCCACACGGAGGUUACGGUUUGGGUACUGAGAGAAUCUUGGCUUGGUUGUGUGACAGAUUCACCGUCAGAGAGUGCUCCUUGUACCCUAGAUUCACUGGCAGAUGUAAGCCAUAG